ACAAGAGGGUUCUGCUUUUAAUGGAAUUCAAAGACACAAUGGAUAAUAAAACAUUGCAAUCAUCAUGCAACCUGACCAGUCCGGAUCACAACCGAACCAACUGCACGUUUCCAACGUGGAUGCUCUACCCUGAUUUCUACAUCUGGCUACCGGUUAUUUACUCAAUCAUCUGCGCCGUUGGACUCACUGGCAACACCGCUGUCAUCUACGUGAUCUUGAAGGCGCCUAAAAUGAAAACCGUCACCAACUUAUUCAUUUUAAAUUUGGCCAUUGCCGACGACCUGUUCACAUUGGUGUUGCCCAUCAACAUAGCCGAGCACCUGUUAAACUACUGGCCGUUUGGUGAGAUCUUAUGCAAAGUGAUUCUCUCCAUAGACCACUACAACAUCUUCUCCAGCAUCUUCUUCUUGACAGUAAUGAGUGUGGACCGCUAUCUGGUCGUGGUGUCCACGUUGCGCUCCAAACGGAUGCCCCACCGGACCUACAGGUUAGCCAAGACGGUCAGCCUGAGUGUUUGGGCUCUGGUCAUUCUCAUCGUGAUGCCCUUCACCGUUUUCGCCGGUGUCUAUGUGAGUCCAGACGACGCGGAGAGCCGGAAGAGCUGCGUUUUGAGUUUCCCAAGUCCUGAGAGUUUCUGGUUCAAAGCCAGUCGGAUCUACACGCUGGUUCUCGGUUUUGUCAUUCCAGUUUCGACCAUUUGCAUCCUCUAUACCGUGAUGCUUUACAAGCUGAGACGCACCCGACUCAACUCCAAUGGAAAGGCUCUGGACAAAGCCAAGAAACGAGUCACAAUGAUGGUCUUCGUCGUGCUUGCCGUUUGCUUGUUCUGUUGGACGCCCUUCCACCUGAGUACGGUGGUCGCUCUUACCUCAGACUUACCCACCACCCCUUUGGUUAUAGGUAUUUCUUAUUUUAUCACGGGACUGAGUUAUGCCAACUCGUGUCUUAAUCCGUUCCUUUACGCGUUCUUAGACGAUAGUUUCAGGAAGGCGUUUAAGAAAAUGCUGGAGUGCUGAACCUUUUCUUGUACCCUCAGAAAUCAACCAAUAAGGUUCAAGUACCCAUCAAAUCAUAAAAGUGUUGUUUUUAACUCAAAACGCACUUGAAAGUCAUUUUAUAACGAUCAGCUUGAGUCAUGGAGUAGCUCAUUUUCUGCGAUUUUUGUCAGAAUUGUUUAGUUUCAACAUGAUUUUCCUCACUAUGGUCAUGAUUUUAUUACUGUAGGGUGACUUUGAUUUUAGCACAAUUAAACUUCAAUUUAUGUUUUUUAUUUUUACAAAUGCUACCAAUUUUAUUAACACUUAUUAACAUUUUAAAUCCUGUUUAAAGUGUAAAUAAUUAUUUAUGAACUGUACAUGAAAACUAAUAUGUGUAAAAAUCUGAUUAUAUUUAUCUCUUACGCUACGUGGUUUGGGAGUGCUUUGCGUAAUAAGCUCAAAAGCUUGAAACUGAAAUUCUGUCGCCUCCUGUGGCAUAAAAUGCUGCUGCUUGUUUUG